AUGUCGGACACCAUUCAAGAACUCGCCGAUAUCCCACGCGACUUCCUCCGGGAUGGCAUGUUGUUCGUGCGCAGAUGCACCAAGCCCGACAAGCGUGAAUUCAUCAAGAUCAGCCAGGCUGUAGGCAUGGGCUUCAUCAUCAUGAACAUUGACACCCUAUACUUUGCAGGAGACAUGCUUACUUUUAGAAUAGCCAUUGGGUACUUCAUCAAGUUAAGUAAGUAUACCAAGGGUCCUGGCAAGCAUGCGACGGCCCUUGCUAAUUGUGCUUUCACUACAGUACACAUCCCCGUCAACAACAUCCUCGUCGGUGGCGCUUAA